AUAAUCUCGCACCCAUGCCUGUUCCUCGUCCGUCUCCUCUUUCUGGCCCUGCCCUCGAACAAGUUACGUACAGGGGUGUGGUCAAACAGGGUGUGGCUUGCACAAGUGUUGCCGGGCCUGGUCUCGGUUUCUCUGUGUCUGUCUUGUCUGCUGGGUCUCUCACACACACACACACACUUUUUUCUUUCCUUUUCCCCCUUCAGAAAAUGGGGAUGGCAGCAGGCCAGGCGGAUCAGACCAAACGUUAUGCUCUGCUAAUUCUGUCACAUCCACCCCAUCUUCUCCAGGGUCUGGCUGGCUUCACUGCUGAAUAUCUGCAACAGGGCUAGACUUGACGGUGUGCGACCCCCCUGUCCUGCAUGUACCAGCGCCCGAACAUGAUGAGGCAAUGUUUGCUAUGCCUGCCCACCCGCUCUUCUUCUUUGGGCGUGUGUGUGAGUGGUGCCUUGUCUGGUACGGGGACAGAUACGGUCUAAUGCUGGUAGAGCUGGUCCCGUCUUGUCUCGUCUUGCCAGUUGCCAGAUAGAAACUGAGAAGAGACUGGGACCCAGGGCCGACUUUGGCUGUGGCUGCAAUAUUACUUUAUCCUCCCUCUCUCCCCCCCAUCUCGAACCUUUUUCAUCUUUCUGUUUACCUUCUCUACCUAACUUGGGUUUAUCAUCAACAUCCCUUUUCUUCGUCUUCUUGAAGCGCAGUUGCGUGUCCUUCUUUUCUUCUCCCGCAGCUAGGGUUUUACUUUCCUUCAUUGUCCAACUGGCUUGGCUGCACACACUCAUUUGACUACGCUUCUUGAACACCACCUUUUUUGUCAAUAUAUCUUGACCUAUCCGGUUUAUUCAAACAAACGAACUUCACUUCACUUCUUUGGGACCUUCCCCCACUCGCCUAUCCGUUUCCUCUCUCCUUGACGGAUCUGCAGAAAGCCGACUUCGUUGUUGCGAGCUUCCGGCUGGGACACCACCUUUUUUCAACAAUCAACUUUUUCAAACCUUCGAUUCGUUGGCAGCAAGUUUCUGCCUCUUCUUACCAAACCCAGCUUCCAGGACACCGCGAACAACAUAACGCGUGAAGAUUCUCCACCGAGAGACACAAGAGUUUACCCUACUUCUGAGAGGUACAACGACGCAACAUCGACUGUUCCGAAACGAUUUAACGAGCAAAAAUGUCUCCCACGAUGCAAUUGGCGCCUCACACGGCCACCUACACUCCCACUUCCGACGCCAUGGAUCGUCAUGAAUAUGGAAUCACCAAGAACCGCAAGGCGGCUUCAACCGGAGGAGGCAGAGCAUGGAGCGAGGAUGAGGAAGUCUAUCUCCUCCAGACUCGUCUUCAGAAGAUGCCUUACAAGCACAUCGCCGCUCACCUGAAGAAGACUGAGCUGGCAUGUCGCCUUCACUACCAUCAGCUUAGCCACGGCAGCAACCGACGCAAGCAGCGUGCCACCUCGGUCUCUUCUGGCUCUUCCACCACCCACUCACCUGUCAUGCAACCGACGAUGCCUUCUUCGAUCCGAGAGUCGACCCCUCGUUCGGUUUCUCCCCCAGGCAGCUCAACCAGCUACGCACCUCACUCGCCCGCCCCUAUGCAACUUCCCAGCAUCAUGGGCCACGAGGCUUCUCCCAGGCUCCCCGCCAUCCUCCCUAAGCCGGUCUGCAUGACACUGCCGCCUCCCACCGCCUCCCCCACCCGCGGGUAUCCCACACCUCUCCCUGAGCCUCGCAGCGCGGCUCUCCCCUCCGCCACCUUUCAGUCCAUGUCCGGCAGCCUCCCCAUUACGCCACCCCUGCGUCUGGAGUGCCCUCUUCCUUCUGCCCAGUCCGUCGUCAGUCAUCAACACGUUGACAUGAACCGCCUUCAAUCCGUCUAUACUGCACACCGCGCCUCUUUCUGGGCCGCUGUGGCUAACGACUACGGCCCGGGCGCAAGCCCCGUUGCUUUGGAGCAGGCGUGGCAGAAUGGUGCAUGCUGCAACCAGCAGCAGGCCAGCACACCCAUCACACCCACCUCCAGCCCCGACAAUCUGGAUCGCGAUAGCUACGAAAGACCUCAAGAUAAGACUCGCAUCUCUGCCAUUCUUGGCAUUGACGCCAACCCUCGCUCUCCCCGUGAGCGCGAGUUGGUUAGACGCAUGGAGGAAUCAAGAGUCGGCGCCUAAGAAAACUCGGCACCGACCAAGACAACACUUUGAUUCUACCAGUGUAUUACUUUACAACUUUGGAGUGUCUGAUUCUUGCUUGAGGUUUUGCGUCUUCCUUGGUGUGCAACAAGAAGACUACAGCAUCAAGCCGCAGUUUUGUUCUUCGCUUCAGUUGGCUUCUCCCUUUAUGAGAAAUUCGGUUUCUUUGUCUUUUUGGUUUAGGCUUUUCGCCAAACCGUUUACCCCAUCUUCAUCGUACACGAACACAUACGACUAGGGCGACUGCGAACUGUUGGGGCGAAAUCCGGC